GGGUGUGGGGUGAGGCACACAGUUGGUUUCCACCCUGGAAGGAGAGGUCAGCUGCCCAGUGCUGCCUUGGACUAGGAACCAGGGUCUGGGGCUAGCUCUUAUGUGUGCGUCCUCAUGGAACUUCUCCUGAUAAUGGUACCUUGCAGAUGUGCAUAUCCAGCACUGUUAUAAAUCUUUUACAGGUUAACUUGUUUUAAGCCUGCUGAUAACCCUGUGAUUGUUAAUUUUAGAGAUGUCAUCAUUUUUACAGAUGAGAAGCAUGAGGUACAAAGAGAUUACAUAAUUCACCCAGGGUGACAAGCAGUGGAGCUAGGAUUUGAACCCAGACAGUCUGGGAUCCUGCAUCCGCUCUACUUUAAGUUGGGCCUUCCCAUUUGGGGACUGGAGUCCCAUCCCAGAAGAUUUCUAAGAGUCCCCAUUGCUCUGAUUACAAGACUGGGCUGCCUGAUUCAGGGGCAUGGAGCCCCUGCCUUUUAGGGACCUCCGAGGCUUUAGGGCCCUAACUGGAGCCCCUAAAGGAUAGAGGGGUAUUCCACUCUGUCCUCAUGAUAGCUCUCUUCCUGUGCCUGCAACAUGCCCUUUUGAACCGUCAAAGGCCGAGAGCCGGGAGGGGUAUGAGGCGGAGGGGCUAGGUGCUGAUGUGUCUGUAUGGCUCUGAAAUACUGUCAUCAGCUCCUGGCCAUGCCCUAUACCCCUGGAAGCAGGUUGCCUGGGGCUUGGGCCCCAGGCUCUGAUGCCUAACCCAGGGAGGUCUUUGGGCUGGCUUGUUCUCCUCCUGUGGCCUGGGUCCUGUCACUGCUCCCAUUCCUGUGUGUCCUGACCAUUGCUGUCUCCAGGGAAUGUGCUUGCUACUCACAUCCACUCUCCCUCUGUAGGCCUCCACCAUGGACAGAGGCCAGGCCCUGCCCCUCCCAGGCAGUCUGGCUCUUGCUGGGCCCUGCAGGCUGAAGGGAUAAUGUGUGUUGGCCAAGGCCUGUUGGUCCAUCCAGAGUGAAGAGGAGACUGAGGCACAGAGGGGAGAAAUGACUUUUCCAGGGUCCUGCAGUAAGGAUGUAUAGAGCCAAGCUCAGAAUCUAUGCCUCCUGGAUGGCUGGCAAGCACAGGCACCUGGUCUGAUGGUAGAGGACAUACCUUCUUUGUCUGAGGGUGCUUCCAGAGAAGGCCCAUGCUGAUAUGUGGGUGAGAGGUGGAGGGUGGGAAUGGGAUUUCCCUCAGGCCUUUCCUGGGGACAUGAGAUGGGGCUAAGGGUACUGGAGUCCUGGUUCUGUUCCUGAGGAAGCUGGAGCUCCACCUUGCACCCCAGACAGAGGCCAUGAGAUUCCCUUCCUCCUUCCCUGGAAGAGGGCCGUCUCUGAGCAGCAGCCCUCCCAGACCUUGAGAGAUCCCAAAAGAAGCAGGAGCUGGUUCAGUAUCUUCUUCAGCUUCCCAAACAGUUGCCUCAUGGGGCAUUCAGGGUGCAGAGAGCCCUGGAGAGGUGGCUGGGGUGGAGAGGACAGGGUGUCUGCUUGAAGCCUGGAGGGAAGGGGGACACCCUGGGAAGCAGGGCCUCCUGUUGUGGGGGCAGGGCCGGGUGUGUGCCUGGCCUCCCGAUGGCGAUGGCGGCAGGUGCCGUACCACCAACCUCGGGCCAAAGACAGGGAGAGGAAUUACUGUAAGUGGGAGAGGCAGGUGUUCUCUGGUCAGUUGAAGAUCUGGACUUGGGAAGCACGUGAGUGAAGAUGACAGCAGUGGCCAGGUGUCCCUCCCUCAACUCGGCCCCCACAUCCACCCCCAGUCCAGACCCGGCUUCCUGAGCACCCAGCCCUCCCUCUGGGUACACAGCAGCCCUGGUGGGCAGAAUUCCCUGUGUUUACCUUGUUGUCUGGGUGAUGGUGGUGAUUGGGUGGAACUCCUAUGCCAGAUACACUGCCAAGGCCACCCUGAGGGGCUGCCAACCAGGGCCCCAUGAGUGCUAGAGCUGCUGGUCUUGUGACGUGGGCACCUGUGUGCCAGGCCCGGGCAUGGGCCCAGGGUCACGCUCACACCGGGGCUCCCAUCAGCUGACUAUUUUGGGCUCUUGCUGACCUGGGCCAAAGUCAGGCCCAGCCAAGAGGGCCCAAAGUGGCUCCCCCCAUCCCCAGAGGCCGGCUCUGGUUUCUGCUAUAAAAACAGAGGAGGACACGCUGGCUUGGAGGCAGCACCACAUCCAGAGCCCGCUCAGCUGCUGCCCGGCCUUGGCCACAAGGAUAGGCUGGCUGGGCAGCACCUCUCUCCCCGCAGGGCUCCCUGAGGCCUCCAGGAAGAGCCCCCAACCAAUCUUGGGAUUCUCCCUUCAUGCGGUUGUCUGGGACCUUCAUCCAGGGUCAAAGCAGGUCGUGAGGAGGAAGCUGGUAGGGUGCAGCCUGAGGCUUGUUCAGCAGAACAGGUGCAAGCCACAUUGUUGCCAGGACCUGCCUGAAGCCGGAUUCUCCCCACUCCCUCCUUCAACCCCGCCUCUUCCUCCUCCUGUGGGACUGCUCCCUCCUCCCAAGAGGCUAGAUAGAUGCCCUGUAUCCAAGCCCAAUAUGGAACACCAGCACCGAGUCCAGGACCCCGUGACCACCUGGCAAGUGACCCCGUGACCCCUGAGUUCAUCAAGCCCACCAUGGACCUUGCCAGCCCUGAGGCGGCUCCCGCUGCCCCCACUGCCCUGCCCAGCUUCAGCACCUUCAUGGACGGCUACACAGGAGAGUUUGACACCUUCCUCUACCAGCUGCCGGGAACAGUCCAGCCAUGCUCCUCAGCCUCUUCCUCGGCCUCCUCCACAUCCUCGUCCUCAGCCACCUCCCCUGCCUCUGCCUCCUUCAAGUUCGAGGACUUCCAGGUGUACGGCUGCUACCCUGGCCCCCUGAGCGGCCCAGUGGAUGAGGCCCUGUCCUCCAGCGGCUCUGACUACUAUGGCAGCCCCUGCUCAGCCCCGUCACCAUCCACGCCCAGCUUCCAGCCGCCCCAGCUCUCUCCCUGGGAUGGCUCAUUCGGCCACUUCUCACCCAGCCAGACUUACGAAGGCUUGCGGGCAUGGACAGAGCAGCUGCCCAAAGCCUCUGGGCCCCUACAGCCUCCAGCCUUCUUUUCCUUCAGCCCUCCCACCGGUCCCAGCCCCAGCCUGGCCCAGAGCCCCCUGAAGUUGUUCCCUUCACAGGCUGCCCACCAUCUGGGGGAGGGAGAGAGCUAUUCUGUGCCGACGGCCUUCCCAUGCUUGGCACCCACUUCCCCACACCUUGAGAGCUCGGGGAUACUGGAUGCACCCAUGACUUCAGCCAAAGCCCGGAGCGGGGCCCCAGGUGGAAGUGAAGGCCGCUGCGCUGUGUGUGGGGACAACGCCUCGUGCCAGCAUUAUGGUGUCCGCACCUGCGAGGGCUGCAAGGGCUUCUUCAAGCGCACAGUGCAGAAAAACGCCAAGUACAUCUGCCUGGCCAACAAGGACUGCCCUGUGGACAAGAGGCGGCGAAACCGCUGCCAGUUCUGCCGCUUCCAGAAGUGCCUGGCUGUGGGCAUGGUGAAGGAAGUUGUCCGAACAGACAGCCUGAAGGGGCGGAGGGGCCGGCUACCUUCAAAACCCAAGCAGCCCCCGGAUGCUUCUCCUGCCAAUCUCCUCACCUCCCUGGUCCGUGCACACCUGGACUCAGGGCCCAGCACUGCCAAACUGGACUACUCCAAGUUCCAGGAGCUGGUGCUGCCCCACUUUGGGAAGGAAGAUGCAGGGGAUGUGCAGCAGUUCUACGACCUGCUUUCCGGUUCCCUGGAGGUCAUCCGCAAGUGGGCAGAGAAGAUCCCUGGCUUUGCGGAGCUGUCACCGGCUGACCAGGACCUGUUGCUGGAGUCGGCCUUCCUGGAGCUCUUCAUCCUCCGCCUGGCAUACCGGUCUAAGCCAGGCGAGGGCAAGCUCAUUUUCUGCUCAGGCCUGGUGCUGCACCGGCUGCAGUGUGCCCGUGGCUUCGGCGACUGGAUUGACAGCAUCCUGGCCUUCUCAAGGUCCCUGCACAGCUUGGUUGUCGAUGUCCCUGCCUUCGCCUGCCUGUCUGCUCUUGUCCUCAUCACUGACCGGCAUGGGCUGCAGGAGCCACGGCGGGUGGAGGAGCUGCAGAACCGCAUCGCCAGCUGCCUGAAGGAGCACGUGGCGGCUGUGGCAGGUGAACCCCAGCCAGCCAGCUGCCUGUCACGUCUGCUGGGCAAACUGCCCGAGCUGCGGACCCUGUGCACCCAGGGCCUGCAGCGCAUCUUCUACCUCAAGCUGGAGGACUUGGUGCCCCCUCCGCCUAUCAUCGACAAGAUCUUCAUGGACACGCUGCCCUUCUGACCCCCGUCUGGGAACACACGUGCACAUGUGCACUCUCAUAUGCCACCCACGUGCCUUUAGUCCACGGACCCCCAGAGCACUCCCAAGCCUGGGCUUGAGCUGCAGAAUGAAUCCCCCUUAUCACCUGCUCCAGGAGGUUUGCAGGGAGCUCAAGCCCUCGGGGAGGGGGAUGCAUUCAUGGGGGUGACCCCACGAUUUGUCUUACCCUGCAGCCUGGCCCUGGCCUUUAUGUUUUUUGUAAGAUAAACCGUUUUUAACACAUACUGCCAUGCUGUAAAUAAGCCCAGUGCUGCUGUAAAUACAGGAAGAAAGAGCUUGAGGUGGGAGUGGGGUGAGGAGGUAGGGACGGGCCCCACCGGCCUGGGCAGCCUUUCCAGCCUCCUGCUGGCUCCGUCCUCCUACCCUCCUUCCACAUGUACAUAAACUGUCACUCUAGAAAGAAGACAAAUGACAGAUUCUGACAUUUAUAUUUGUGUAUUUUCCUGGAUUUAUAGUAUGUGACUUUUCUGAUUAAUAUAUUUAAUAUAUUGAAUAAAAAAUAGACAUGUAGCUGGAA